AUGGCAGACUACGGGAAGAUGGAGCCGUUCUCAUUCGCUGGCUCGAAUGACGUCGACCACGCCGUCAGCAUCCGAAUUAUGAGCUUGGAAGGAGAAGGGGCACUGCUGAAGCAAUCUACCUUGCUAAACCGCCCUGAUAUGCGUCAUAUUGGAUCGAACAUGAGUGUCCAUUCGGAUUUGUAUGUCACGGCUCAAGUGUGGACCUGCUCGAAACCCCUUACAGUUCCAGUGCAGACAUCAUAUAAGCCUUUCCGUAUAGAGAGACGUUGGAAUGAAUGGCUGCAGCUGCCCAUUUCCUAUAGAUCCCUUCCGGCAGAUUCAUGUCUUGCCAUCACUAUUUGGGACGUUUCUCCAAGUGGUGGAAAAGACUCUCAAGGACACGCUAUCCCGUUCGGUGGAACGACACUACCCAUGUUCGAUGCCGAGAACCAGAUCCAGAAAGGACGCCAAAAGUGUCUGGUACACAGGCACAAAAUUGCAGAUGGGACUAUAAGAAUGGAAACACCAGCCAUCUUUACAUCUAAAAGGAAGGCCAUGGCCGGAGACGUCGGCGUGCAGGCUGCUCGAGAUGCGGAAGAACUGGAGCGAAUGGAGACUCUUUUCAAGAAGCAUGAAAUGGGUGAUAUCCCUAGGGUUGACUGGCUCGACCAACUCGUAUUUCGAGAUUUUGAGAAUCGCGGCCUCAGAGCAGCAGAAUCAUCUUUGAAGAUGCUUGAGCGGCGACGGCGGCUCGACAACCUCAUGGGCGAGGCCACAGACGAUAUAUCAGGCCAAGCAAGCAACUACUCGAGCCCACCAGCGUUCGUCCUAAACGUGGAGCUCCCGAGAUUUGACUUUCCAGUCGUCUUUGCGGACCACGAAUAUGAUGUACCCCCAGUAUCUGCCCUAGCAUCCUUGCACAUUCAUCAAGCCGGUCAAGAUCGGCAUCAAGCCCCCGAGGUCCAAUUCGGGCCUGGGAUCAAUGCUGUUGACGACAGUCUGUCAGCAAUAGGCGCCAGGAUAGCCAAGGUCUACGACCCGGAAGUCGGCCAGAGAGACAAUCCUGCAGAAACCAAGCACAGGCGACUUUUCAGAAGCUCUCAUCGCCAUGGCAUCUUGGAUAAGGACCUGAAGCCCAACGCAAAAGUUCGUGAUGAACUUAACACAAUCAUGAACUAUUCUCCAACCCACACUUUAUCUCCGGAAGAGAUGGAUCUCGUUUGGAAGUUCAGAUAUCAUCUGACAAGGGAUAAAAGAGCUCUUACCAAGUUUGCCAAGUCUGUCAAUUGGAACGACCAAAGCGAAUCCAAACAGGCUAUUCAAGUUCUCGGAAGAUGGACAGAAAUUGACGUUGACGAUGCUCUUGAGCUGCUUGGGUCGUCAUUUAGCAACCCUGCAGUGCGGUCAUACGCUGUGGACCGUUUACGCAAGGCCGACGAUCAUGAGCUGUUGCUAUAUUUGCUACAGCUUGUACAGGCAUUGAAAUAUGAACACAUCUCCACAGAGGUUAUAGAAGGAUCUCUCGAAGAUUCAUCGCUAGCACGUUUUUUGAUACAGCGAGCAGCUGCGAAUUUUCUGCUUGGCAACUAUUUCUACUGGUACCUCAUGGUGGAAUGCGACGACAACAGCCCGGAGCAGGGGGCGCAGAGCCGCGACAUCUAUGGCAAAGUAGCAUAUGACUUCAUGCGAAGUUUGACCAAGCAGCCAAAUGGCAACGACGAGAGGAAGACGCUACUUCGACAGGCAGAGCUCGUUGCUGUCUUGUCAAAAAUCGCUAUCGAUGUGAGAACAUCUGGCGAAUCCAUGUCUAAGAGAGCUGAUAAAGUAAAAAACUUUUUCGCGGACCCGAGCAACGAGCUCAUCGUUAUUGACCCCCCACUGCCGUUACCUUUGGAUCCCUCCAUUGAGAUAACCGGUAUUAUCCCCGAUCAAGUUACGGUUUUCAAGUCGUCAUUGAGCCCUAUCAAAUGCACUUUUAGAACCGUUGAUGGCCAGACCUAUCCAAUUAUAUUCAAAGUUGGAGAUGACCUUCGUCAAGACCAGCUUGUUAUACAAAUCAUCACAUUGAUGGACCAGCUGCUCCAGAAGGAGAAUUUGGACCUCAAGCUCCUUCCGUACAAGAUCCUGGCCACAAGUACGGCUGCGGGUGCUUCACAGUUUGUGCAAUCACAAAGUCUCUCCAGUAUUGUUGGCAAGUUCAAAGGUAACCCGGCUCUGGCUUACUUGAAGUAUCAUAACCCGGACAAUACGCAGCCUUUGGGAGUUCGUCAAGAGGCACUUGACACUUACAUUCGUUCUUGCGCUGGAUACUGCGUUAUUACCUAUAUACUUGGUGUAGGUGAUCGUCACUUGGACAAUCUCUUGUUGGCACCUGAUGGUCAUUUCUUCCAUGCGGACUUUGGAUACAUUCUCGGCCGCGAUCCGAAGCCAUUUGCCCCUUUGAUGAAAUUGUCCAAGGAGAUGGUCGAUUGUAUGGGCGGCGUGCAAUCAGAACACUAUAAACAGUUUCGGCAGUACUGCUUUUUGGCUUAUGCUGCUCUGCGAAAGUCCUCCAACUUGAUAUUGAACCUCUUUAGCUUGAUGAUCGAUGCCAACAUCCCUGACAUCCGACUUGAGCCGGACAAGGCUGUUCUGAAAGUCCGCGAACGCUUUCAUCUAGAGCUGAACGAGGAGGAAGCAAUGGUGUCGCUCGGUAGGGUCAUUGAUGAUGCUUUGGCAUCAUACGCGCCAGUAGUCAUUGAUAAGUUGCACGAAUGGGCUCAGGCUUUGAGGAAUUGA